UCUUCCUUCCAACCUCUUUUGCCCAGAAGUGACGGGAAGAAUUCCUGUGAUGCCGCAGUCUAUCUUCACCACCAAUCACCACCGUUCUCCGCCGACAACCACCGCAAUAUGCUGCUCUUUGUCGACUUUUCUACCGUCGUUACCGAGUUCGAUUCGGUUCCCAGCGGCGAAAUUCGGUUAUGCGUUGAUGUUCUCGCCAUAUCGGAGUACUAAUGCUGCUAGAAAUAGGGUGGUCAUUUGUAUGGCUAAGGAGAGGAGGGUGAAAAUGGUGGCGAAACAGAUACAGAGAGAGCUUUCUGAUAUGUUGCUGACGGACCAGGUUUUACAGUACGCUAUCCUUCCCGAAGCGGCCCUUGGUGCUGACCGGUAUCUGUCCUCUCUUACCACCAUUAGUGAUGUUGAAGUAUCAUCCGAUUUACAGGUGGUUAAGGUAUAUGUAUCUGUUUUUGGUGAUGAACGAGGAAAGGAGGUAGCCAUUUCUGGGCUGAAGUCAAAAGCAAAAUAUGUCCGUAGCCAGUUGGGCAAGCGUAUGAAACUACGAUUGACUCCUGAGGUACGGUUUAUCGAAGAUGAAUCGUUAGAGAGAGGCAGCAGGGUGAUUGCUAUAUUAGAUAAGAUUAAGAGUGAGAAGACUAUUCAAGAUCCAAAAGUUGACCAAGAUGAGUCAUCCGAUCCAAAUGACGACAAUGAAGAAUGGGAGGAUGAUGAUCCCGAAGAUGACAUCAUCUACGUGAAGUAGUUGCUGUUACAUGAUCUUUUGCUUGUUGCUUCAGAGCUAUGAUUGUUCUACUUUUGCAUGCUUCCUCUCGUGCAGUGUUGAGGCAGUGAAAUUUACUUAUCCAACACAUUCUUUAUCACCUUCAGUGGCAGCUCAUGUUUCUUUUUUCAGGUAAGUUUUAAGAUUGCAUGUCUUAAAGAGUAGAUAGACACUCUGCAAUUCUAUGUUAAUAAGUAUUUAGAAAGAAGAGGGUGGGAAUAUAGUAGUGAUUGAUAUUCUCUUCCCUUAUGACAUAACAUACAUUGUGAUUGAUUCUAUUUUAUCAUUUUUAGGUCAUUCAACUUCAAUAUAUGACACCCUGAAAAAUACUUACCUUCA